CCGUGCUAUGCUAUACUGUCACUGUUUAUUUACUGUUUAGUUGAAGUAACUUUAAGACAAAUUUAGUCAAACUUGAUCAAAAAGCUAGAGAGUACUGCGAUAAAGACGAAUAAUUUAGUCUCAAGAAUUUAAUUUUGGCUGCGAAUUUCAUUUUCAAAUAAUUCAUCAUUAAAGCAAGGACUGGUGGACUUCUUUAAAUUACAAAUAGGGUAAAUCUCAUUUUUCCAAUGUCCACACUGUGAACUUCUAGCCCAAAGUGAUCUCCCUUAGAUUGACAAGUACGAGUUAAAGAUUAAAGACUAAAGUUCAACUUUGCUGUAAACUGAUCACUGAAACUUAGGUUCGAAGAAAGAGUCAAAAUUUAACAUUUUAACUACUGUCGUACAUAUAUUUUUUACGACUUUAUUCGAUUAAACCAUGACAGAUACCUUAAAAUUUGACGGAAAAGUUGUUCUGGUUACUGGUGCUGGAAACGGCAAGUAAAAAAUAUACAUAAGAUUAAGAAUUAAGAAUAAGACUAAGAAUGAUAAUACUAAUACUAAUACUUAAUAUCAGUAGACUAGAGUGGAGAGUAGUUAGUGUGAAGAGUGAUAAGUAGACCUAGACUAGACGUUUCAAUCGUUUAGGUUUGCUCUGAGUCAUUAAAAAAGAGUUAAGUUGCCAAGGCCGAGGCCGCCAGACCUAUAAUUAUUAUUAAUCAAGUCAUAAGUACAGCUAGUGCUCAACUUAAGACCGACGUAUGCAACUUACCACCAUUCGACUUUACGACCACAAUCACUAGCCAUACUGUAUUAUGUAUUAGAUUUCAGAUUUAUUUAUGCCUCAAUUAUCAGUGGAAUGCCAUCUUGCUACAGAUAGUUAUGAGUGAAAACAUGUAUUCUGUGGUGUGUCAUCAGCAUCAAAAUCAAAGUUCAUAACUCGACUCGACAUAAGUUUGUUGAUCUGUUGCAAGGUCUUAAGUUUAAGUCUGUUAUAUUAUAACUUAGCGCCGCCUCCUUCGAUAUUGAUGCUCCAAGGGUGUCAAGUUGUUAACAUAAAAUAAUACUCACACCAUCUUCUCAUGUAAUGAGCAAACCUAUCUUACGCACACCUCGCUGGAAUAACCUUAAUUUUUGUGCACCAAUAAAAAUUUACAUUAAACGUUCAUGACCAUGCUUUUUUUGUUUGUAUAAGUAUAGCUCAUUUAAGAAAAACAUGAACAUGGAUCUCCAGAUCCAAGCAUUUCCCAUGGCUCGAAAUGCUUUUCUUCCACUCAACACAAUCUCAGAAUCAGACAUACAUCUAUCCAAAAGAAUUUCACAAAUCCCUCAUAAUUAGUUACACCUCACCACUCACGACACACAACAUCUAAUUCCUAUAAUAAGGAUAUAAAUAAUAAAUUUGUUAUAUAAAUUUAAUAAAUUAGAUAAUAAUUUAUUAUAAUAUAAGAUAAACAUUAAGGAAAGGGUAAGUGAAUUUUGACAAAAGUUUAAAAAAUUUCAGAAUUGUAUCAUUUAUGGUUUAAAAAUCUAGAUAGAAAUAAUGCAAUCCAUACGACAAAUAAUCUAAAGUAAAGCACAGGUUCCAACCAUUGAGGAAUAUGAUUGACCAGUUCCGAGAACUCUUCAAUGCGAAAGAAGGUUGUAACUUUAACAGAAAGGCACAGAGUAAUUGAUUAUGACAUAAUGGUCCUAUGAAUCCACUUUUGCCAAUACCAUACAUUUGAUAAACAUUUACUCCAUGCCUUGUCAUUUAUCCUGUUUGGGGAGAGUGCAUGUUUGUUAAAACACAGAGGAGUUCACAACGCCAUGUAAACAAAACUGUCGAAAUUAAUAUUAUUUUUAUUUUGUUUACUGCUUCGGCUAGCGACCCAUAGAAAACCCCCUGCGACCCCCAUUUAGGGUGUGUUCCAUGGGUUGGGAACCAGGGAUCUAAUGUCUAAUAGUUAAACUUAUUUAACAAUGAUUUCAUUGGACUUUGUGCUGCUUCACACCAAAACGGCCAAUAUAUUUUCUAAUACUUGAAUAUGUUGUGUCGCAGAUUGAGUAUACGUUUAAAUUAGUUUAAGUGGGUCGAAUACCCAAGAUAAACCAUGAGGAUUGAUGACCACUAUAUUGAAAUUGCUUUUGUUAGUGUACCAAAUCAAGGAAAAAGAAUUACAUGGGUCUCUGUCAUCACAUCAGGCUUCAACUGAAUGUCUAUCAGUUAUUAAUUUUUUUAAUGAAAAGUAAAAUGAGUAAAACAGAGUAGGGUUAAACAUGAAAAAAUAAAUGCAACAAAACAGCGAACAUGUCGGCAGAAAGCCUUCGUCAGCGAACAAAACAACAGAAAAAACGGUAUAAAAAUAAAAAUAAGAAAUAGCACUUAGCUGGUAAGAAGUAUCUGUGGGCAGCAAUAGAAGUGUGGCAGAAGGAAAAUGAGUGAGAGUUUAAAUAUGCAGCGGUGAAAAAAAGGGGGAGAAAAAUGUUCACUGUGAUAGGUCAGAACGUGGAGGGGCGGAGCUAGGGUCAAGCUGUGAACAGAGACAUAACAUUAAUCCCAUCUGGCGUCAAAGUGCCGUAAGUCAGGAUAAGUCUGUGUUCCAAAUUGACCCGGCUGGCUGUGUUCGUGCUAGCCACAAUCGCACUUAUUGAAAAGUCCACCUUGCCCUGGUGGUCGCUACUAUUGAAGUGUUUGGAGACGGGACACUGUUUAUCUUGUGUAAUGUUUCGGAGGUGUUCGGUACACCUGUCCGAGAGACGGCGUCCAGUCUCCCCAUGUAUUUCAUCUGACAGCGGGUGCAGACAAUGGCGUAGAUAACGUUGCGGCUAGUACAGAGGAAACCGUUGCAUUUUCUUCCCAAUAAAUUAUUUUCAGCCUUUUUUGUCAGUUGACAUUGCUGUUACUAAUGAAAUAAAAAUUGGUAUACUUUUCACUGACACGGUAAUUAUCUUAUAUUUUAUGGUAAUAUUACUUUGCAAGCAAGAAUUAGAUUUCUUUUGGGAUUAUUAUGGGCAAAUAUUCACGUUGGAAUGGACUCGCCAGAUCAGUUUGAAUUAUACAGCCAUCAGGUCAUGUCUCCCAAACUAGCCAUAGUCAAUCAAAUUAUCUAUAACAUCCUACCUGUGUGAAAGAAAGAGCAUAUAAAGCCUUUAUCCGUCCGAUUUUAGAUUAUGCAUCUUCAGUCUGGGACCCAUUUACCCAGAAGAGCAUUGACAGGUUGGAGGCGGUCCAGCGACGAGCAGCACGUUUUGUCCUAAACCGCUACAGGAAUACCUCUAGUGUUGGCAGCAUGCUAGAAACACUAGGCUGGUCACCAUUGGAGAAACGACGACGACAAUCCAGGCUCUCCAUGAUGUACAAGAUAAAUAAUGGGCUGGUCCACUGUUCCAGUAUUAAACAGAAACUCGUCCCUCUCCCCCAUAGACAGCGACGAGGCCAUGACAGGCAAUUCAGGCUCAUACCAGCAAGAAGCCAGUAUAGGAGCUGCUCAUUCCUGCCCAAGACAAUCAGGGACUGGAACCAUCUUUCAAAAGGAACAGUUGAGGCGACAACACUAGACACAUUUGUGUCUAUUGCCUCAAGCCUUCAAACCCCUAGUGCAUAAUUUCCUCAUCACCACCAGUAACAGAAACAUUGCAAAUCCCAUCUACAUGCAUAGGAGCCAAAAUGAUCAAUAAAUUGAUCGUGGGCCCUUAAGAUAUAGAAGAAGAAGAAGGUAAACCCUGAGUGAAACAAUCUCAACCAUUAAAGUGAGAGAAAAAAUAGCCUACUCUGUUAAAAAAAAAAAAAAAAUCAUGCCUCAUGGUGUUGAAGAGGGGAAAUGGUGCUUUUUUUGUAGGCCUGUGUAAUUGCUGAAUUUCACCUGUGCAUCUUUUCAAUAUGUAGUUGUUUACUUGAUAAAACUUUUGGUUUACAGAAAAAUAAAAAUCUUGUAGAAAUUUAAGUGCAAUCAGUGUCUGGCAGAUUUUUUUUAAUGAAUGCUGAAAACUAGCCAUAGUCAAUCAAAUUAUCUAUAACAUCCUACCUCUAAUCCCAUUUAUUACUUUUAUAAAAAAAAUUAUCUCCAAAAUAUGUUCUCAUUGUCAAAGAAAUAAGCAUUUUCUGGUAAACCACUUACAUUUAAUGUAGUCUUAAUUUUAUUUAUUUUAACUUUUUGGGAGACAUGACCAACACGGCUUUAUAAGCCUUCACCAUGUUGAUCUUAUUGUUAAUUAUAAUGAUAAAAGGCUUAAUAUUAUACAUAUUAUGUAGUUUUCAAAGUUAAAAUAUUUUUCUUUGCUGCUAAUUAUUUUAAAUUGUAUUAUCCUGCAGGUCUAGGGAGAGCUUAUGCAUUGGCUUUUGCUGAAAGAGGAGCAGCAGUUGUUGGUAAAUAUAUCUUAUAUAGAUAUUUUGCUUCUGAUGUGUCCUGCUUCCUCUUCACAACUGGCCCUCCCCCAACUCUACAUGUUUUUUAUUUUAUAUAAAUAGUACUGAGCGAAGUAAAAAACUGUCAUUGUUAGAGCUGUCAUGUGUGAUGGUUGAACUCAUGUAAAUAGUUUGUUUUUUUUUCUUUAGUGGGAGGCUACUGUUAUAUUAAUCAAUAAAGAGCCACGGCUUUGGUGUAAGACUGUUUGUAGGACUUUCAGUAGGACUAGUGUUUAAAGGCUGGCAUGAAGGGUGUAGGACUGUUUGUAGGCCUGUUGUCUAAAGGCCGUCAGGUAGGGUGUAGGACUGUCUGUAGGCCUUUUGUUUGAAGGCUGUAACUCGUAAAUCAGCUUAAAAGUUUAAGCUUAGAAAUUAGGACAUGGGUUGCAUUGCAUUUUUUGUUGGAUUACUUUUAAACACUUCCCAGCAUUUGACUGAAGUGAAUUCAUAUAAAAUAAGAGGCAAAUGAAAACAUUAAUUUUCUUCCUUUUACUCAGUGAAUGAUUUAGGUGGCAGUGCCUUUGGUUCAGGUAAAGGCUCAAAAGCUGCUGACCAAGUUGUGAAUGAAAUCAAAGCCAAAGGAGGCAAGGCUGUAGCAAAUUAUGGUAAGCUUUACAUUUAAUAAAAUAUUUCUUGUGCCUGUGGUUCUUAAACUUUUCUGGCAUUUAAUAAUGGGCCACUCCCAGAUUUCAGAGAAUGUGACAAAAACUGCUACCUGUAGUAAAACUAAUAGCAUUAACUCCUUUACAAAAUUUAAUUAGGCACUAACUCCACCAAAUUUCAACUGUGCUCUAUUUGACUCCUUCUCAGCAAAUUUCCAUAAAUUAGUUUUAUUUUUAGUCCAUUAAUUUAGCAGGUAGUUUUAUUUUAAGAAUUUUAUAUGCUAAUCUAAUGUAAAAAAUGUUUUAUAUUUCACCACAUAGAUUCAGUAGAGGAAGGAGAAAAAGUUGUUCAAACAGCUCUGGAUGCAUUUGGUAGAAUAGGUGAGAAAAAUCACAUAAAGCAUUUUAGUGUACUGGUAAAAUAAAUUAGUCAUAUUUAUUUUGAAAUCAGGCAUUAUGUAAGGUUCAUUGUCUUUAAUGAACAUUUAACUUCUCUUCUUUUUUUGGACAGUCCACAUGGUUUGAAUGUAACAAAUUGUGAAGAUUUUUUAGCAUUUACUAUUUAAGCUCUAAAUAUCAUUAUUCAACAACUAUGUUUUCAGAUGUGGUGAUAAACAAUGCUGGAAUUUUACGUGACAAAUCUUUUGCCAGGAUCAGUGAUGAAGAUUGGGGUGAGUUUCUUAACAUCUUUGAAAAAAUGUAAUUUUACUUUAAAUAGCACAGGUUAAAUUUAAGCUUUUCAGAUUUUUAUUUUAAGGUAAUUAAAAAAAAAAAUUUUGUAAAGCAAAUUAAAAGGCUAUAUUUUUUUUUAAGAAUUGUUUUUUAUUUCAUCCUGAAAAAUGCAUAGAAAUAAAAGGCAAAAAUGCUAGUAAUUAAUUUUUAAAAUUUUAUCAAGAUUUAAAAAAAAAAAAACUUACAAUGUCUGUCUUUACUUUGAUAUUUUCACUGUUCAUGGAAUUCAGAUAUCAUUCAUAGAGUUCACUUGCGGGGUUCAUUUUUGGUUUCAAGGGCAGCAUGGCCUCACAUGAAAAAUCAAGGAUAUGGAAGGUAUGAAUUUUUUUUUUGGUUGAAAUACGGAAAAUUAACAAAACAUUUGAUUCCAAAGAAAUUUUAACAUAAGUAUCGUGGUGGUAUUGUUGUUGUUUUUUUUUUAGACUAGAAACUUCAGGUUUGGAGACAAAAUGUGAUAACAUCACUCUAAGAGACAAAUUAUUUCCCUUUGCCAUUAUUUCUCCCUUACCCAUCUGCAGUGCUUUUUUAGAUAAGAAUGGUGCUAGUAAUGUCCCUUUGGUGGGAUUGAAGCAAAAUUGAAGGUGCCAAAGGCUCCCCAGAAAUUUUUUGAUUACUUCAAAAUUCAAGGGUAAUUUGUCGCUGGCUUGAAUUUAGUUUCCAUUGUCUUACACUUCCAUUGAGAACAAAAGAAGAGAUUGCUAGUUAAGAUGUCCUUUAAUCCGGUUGUGUUUUUAUAAAAGCCUUUAGUUUUAUAUAAUAUUGAGUAGUAAUGUUGUUUUAAUAGUUUUUUUAAAGAUUUCAGAUCACUAAUUUUAAUUGAAUAAAAAAAUUUAAGACCAAAAAAGGUGCUGUGCUGUGUCCAAAAAAAAAGCACUGGCCAUCUGCCUUUUUUGUCUGGCCUUUUGAUUUCAAAUUCUAAAAAAAAAUAACUGAUCAUCCGAUAGCCUGACUACCCCAACCUGCAUGCCUAGACAUUGAACAAAACCAGAAACAAACGACCUUCGAAAGGUCAGAUGUUUCUCAACAGAGUGACGCCAUGUCCCCCCAUCUUCCUUUUUAUUUAUAAAAUGCCUUCUUACCCCUAAAAUUAUCUCUGUCCUUGCAUUGUCUUAUUCCAAUAAUAAAAUAUCCCACCUCCUACCUUGCUGUCUAACCUCGUAUGCUCUAACAAAUGCUCUCCCUCUAGUACACAAAAGAAAAGAAAAAUACAUGCUUUAUCAACACUUACUGUAGGAGCAGAGUGUAAGUGGAUGCUGGUGGGUUCAAGAAAUGCUGAAUAAUUAGGCUCCUCCUUUAUCUCGCAGAGGUGCUGUUGAUUCGGCUAAUCAUCUUCCAACAAUGAGACAUUGAAACUUUUACCUCACAAGUCCCAAUUCAACACUAAUUACAUCAAAACCCCAAAACAAACACUUAGAAAGGUUUUCUGGAAGUUUUUUUUCGCUACCCUAUAUAUUUGCCUUCAUUGUCCUGGGAACGCUGCUUUAAGAUUUAAUCUACUUUUGAAAAAAUUUUGAACAUUUUCAUGAAACGGUCAUCAAUGGUGAUAAGUAAAAACAUUGUUAAAGUAAUCAAAGUCUAUAUAGUGCUAUUCAUUCUGCAAUUUUUGAGUUAUAGACUUCCUGUUUACACUCAUGUCAAAGUCAUGGAAUUUGUUUAAACAUUAUUUAAGCAUUAAAAAUAGGAUUACAGAAAUGUUAGAUUCUCUGAAAUACUAUUUAACUACUUCUUUUGCAGAAUGUACUAUUGGGCAUAAAUUGUGCCUACAAUAUGUUUUGAUUGAAUAUGUUUGGUGAAUUAUCUAAACAUUGCAAUUACUAUUAAUCUCACAUAGGAUCAUCCUGGUCAGUUCCUCUGCUGGAAUUUAUGGAAACUUUGGCCAAGCCAACUACAGUGCUGCCAAGCUUGGCCUUGCAGGCCUGUCCAAUACACUUUCUCUGGAGGGAAAAAAGUAUGGCAUCUACUGCAACUGCAUUGCUCCUAUUGCUGGCUCAAGACUCACAGAAACUGUUAUGCCUAAAGGUUUUAUGCCAAUAUCGUUUUUUUUAUGCUAAUUUAUAUCAGGAUUUUUGUUAAUGAAGAAAUUUAAACUUAAAAAAUACCUGCAAUGUUCUUUUUUAAAACUAAUGCAAUUAUUCAGACCCAAGCCAUCAGAUGAAUGUGAAAAACAUUUUAAUUUCAUGAUUUGUAAUUUUUGUUAAAAGUUGAUGAUUGAUAUCUAUUCUGUUUUAGUUUAUGAAAUUUACAAAAAUAUGUACUGAUGAAUGUUAUACAUGAGCUACACAAGGUUAAUUCUGAUUAUUAGCUUAACAAAUGUAUUUUUAUAUCUGCCAUAAUUUUAAGCCUAAAUCUUAACCUUUUAUGUUGAGAAAGUCCUAUCAGUAACAUCAGGUCUAUACAUUUUAUAGAUAUCAUGAUGUUAAAAUUCCUUAUUGCAAAUAUUUAACAUGCAUUCUGACACUAAAUGACCUGUCUUAGUUGGUGAGUCAGCAUAACACAGCAUAAAAUGUUAGAAACUGUAACAAUUUGUUCAACUAUUAUACUCUCUCCUCCAAAUAUGUAAUAGAUAUUGAUGUUUUUGUUUUCAGAAAUAGCUGAGGCGCUGAAGCCAGAAUAUGUUGCUCCUGUUGUUGUUUAUUUAUGCCAUGACAGCUGUAAGGAAAGUGGAGGAUUAUUUGAGGUUGGCGCUGGCUGGGUGGGAAAAUGUGAGUGUUGGCGGACAGCUUUUCAACCCUUAAGUUUAAGAAGAUGUGGCAACAUUUAAGAUACUUAAUUUUCACUCCUCUCUUUUGUAAAGAUUUUUAAGUAAAAAAUUUUAUGCACUUGGCUUUUUAUUAAUUUUAUACUAAUCUUUAAUGCAGUACGUUGGCAGAGAACAGAAGGAGUAGCUCUGAGGGAAAAAAACAAGCCGGUUACUGCAGAAUUGGGUAAAAUUUUCGUUUAUGUAAUAUAAUAAUUAUAUUGAUUAUUAUUUCCUUGGUCUUAUUCUAAGAAAAAAAGUCAGAUAUGAAAAUUAUUAUUUUUAGAAAGUUCCCAUAUAUUUGAAACAAAUAAUGAACCAGAUAUUUAACCACUUUGUAAUUUUAGUAAGAGACAACUGGGAUAGAAUUACAGACUUCAGCAAUCCAACAUAUCCUCGUACGAGCGCAGGUACUGAUAAUUUCUUGAUUUGUGGUUUCUGCACAUAUUUAACUUAAGCUUAAUAAAAUUUCUCUUUAACCUUAAAAAAUCUUAAAUUUUCUAGAUGUCAUUAAAAAUUUAAAAACCUAUGUGAUUACUGCAGUGUUUUUAAUGACUUUUUCAUUAAUUUAUUAUGAUUGUUAAGGAUGCAGUUGAUAAAUUGUAUUACAUAAUUUGUUCUUCAAGACACAAUCACUUUAGACUCUGUUCUUAAACACAGUUAUUUUUAAAACGAUAACAAUUUUAUUAAUUUUUAAAAUCAUUUUUAUUUAUAUUGAUGAUAAAGGAUGAGAUUCUGGGGGUUGGUGGGUGUAUUUUUCAUGUACACAUUGCUAUUCAUUUGCGCCCAGAGUCAUCAGGUUUCAUGAUUCAACUGGUCAAUGAACUAGACAAAGAGGAAGAAGAGAGCAAGGCUGCUGCUCAAUCAAAUGACCCAGUGGUAAGAAAACUUUCGCUGCCUCAAAUAUCUCCUUCUGUGCCUAAAUUUGAAGAAAAAAAAAUGUAUAGUAACAAAUAAUUUAAAAUAUUCAUGUCAGCAGCACUAGUUAAAUAUUUUUAAUAAUUUGAUAUACUAACAGUGAUUCAACAUCCAGAUAAGUAGUUACUUUGUUUUUGCUGAAGCACUUGAUUACCAUCAUGUUGUUACAUCUACAGAUCGUAUUUAUUUAUUUAAAUUUGAUCUUUUUUAAAUCCUGCUUUCAUAUAUGAAACCAGGCAUUGGCAAAGACUUUCAAAUCAUCUGCCAAGUUCAACUACACAGAAAAAGAAGCUAUACUUUACGCUCUUGGUGGUAUGUUAAUUUAAAUUCUUGUCAAUGACUUUGUUGGCUUUUUUUUUAUUCAUUAAUGUAAAAAAUCUGUUUUUCUGAUGAAAGCUAUAGAUUAAUGCAACUGAUUGCUAAGUCUUAUUUUAAAGCUUAGUAAUCUAGUGGUUACAGCCUCAGUGAUGAAUUGUUAGGAUAUAGAAUCAUGGUUGCGGCACUGCAGGAGAUCAGAUGGAAAGAGUCAGAUAUUCUAAGUACUAAGGCAUAUACAAGAUUCUACAGUGCAUACAACACCAACACCUUAGGAACAGGGUUUGCAGUCAAAAAAGAGACAGUGAAUGGAGUCAUUGGGUUUAAACAAGGGAGUGAAAGACUGUGCUCCAUAAGGAUACAAGGAAAUAUGUUUAACAUCAUGUUAAUUUGGGCACAUGCUCAAACAGUAGAUGCAGAUGACAGCACUAAGGAAACUUUCUAUGAAACACUUGAAAGAAUAUAUGAUGAGGCACGACGCCAUGAUCCUAAAAUAGUUCCUUGAGAUUUCAACAUGAAAAUCGGGAAAGAACAUGCUUCAGGCCAACUGUCCGAAAGGAAAGUCUGCAUGACGAGAACAGUGGCAACGGAACACGUCUAACAGACUUCGCUACAGGAAAAGGAAUUAUAAUCAGUAGCACAAUAUUCCAACACAAACAAAUAUAUAAAGGGACAUGUUUAUCACCAGAUAAAUUUACCUGUAAUAUAAUUGAUCAGGUACUCAUUGACCGGGGGCAUGGCUCAGCUGUAGAGGGGCAUACAUAGACUCAGACCACAUGCUUGUAAUAAUCCAAAAGAAACAAAGAAUUUUAACAUCCAAAAGAAACAAAGAAUUUUAACAUCCUCAAUAAACAAAAUAAAAGAGAAAAACAGUACAAAAGCCAGAAAUUAAGCAAGGACCCAAAAAUUACUGAGGAAUAUCAACAGAAGAUUCAAACUCAGCUAGAAGUUUUCAAAAGGGAAUCGGCCAACAGCAUCCACAUAAAAGAGCAAUGGGAAAUAAUUUAAAGCAAAUAUUGAAAAGUGUAACAGGGGAAACAAUAGGAUUUAAACAGACAGGGAAAAGAACAGGAUGGUAUGACACAGAAUGCAGAAAGUUUAUAGAAGAAAGAAACAAGACUCUGCUAAUGAUGCUGCUAAGGGAGACAAGAAAAACACAACAAAUAUUUAAUGAAACAAGAAGGGUGGCUAACAAAAUUUGUAGAGAGAAAAAAAUGUGAUUGGGAAAAAUAUUAGAGAUAGAGAGAUUUGGCAAAAGAAAGAGAUGUGAAGGGAAUGUAUCUGAAAAUAAAGCAGGAAAAAACUGCGUUCAAGCAAGAUCGCACAGGUAUGAAAGUAUGGAUGGUGAACUAUCGCAGAGAGCAGUAAGCUACUAGACAGAUGGACACAACAUUUUGAAGGCCCGCUAAAUGGCUCAGGUGGAGGAACCAAUGAGGAUUACACUCUACCACAAGUACGGGACCAAUUGGAUCUGACUGGAAGAAUGUGGUGAAGCAGGCCAGGGCCCUACAUGGGCUGUAGCAUCACUGAUGAUGAUGCAUGAUUACAGCAAAGAUCACAAUUCUAUUUCUGGUAAACAGUUUAUUAAUAACCACCAAUGCUAAUAUUGUAUAUGAUUGUCCAUUGAUUUCAAGUUAAUAAAACGUAAGUCAUUUAACAGCACUUGGAAUUAUAGAUAUACUUUACCAAAUGCUAUAUUUGAGAAACUAAAUGGUGAAGUCAGGUCCAGACAGCUAUAAGUGAUGUGCUGCCAAUCAAACAACAACCAGUUCUGGUUGAUUAUAUAAAAAACAUUGAAUUUGAGGAGUGCUAUAUUGUUUUAUGAUUUUGACAUUUUUAACCACCGGUAUAGUAGAAUAGUCAAACUUUAACAACCAGUUAGCCCAAGCUAGACCGAACUGGGUCCAGCACACCGCUGGACAGAUACAUCUUAUUCAUGUGAGGUAACUAAACAAAUUAUGAUGAAGUGGAACAUACAUUGUCCUAGGGCUAUGGUGUUAAACAGCAUGUAAUUACACAUCAUGCUAUCAUGUGUUUUAAAGGAAAAGUUAUAACAGCUCAACAGUAUCAGAGUCAAAUAAUUGAAAUGUCCUGUGUUGAACAUAUAGUCUUCAAGUUUCCUUAUAAGGGUUUCUGGGAGGCUGAAUUUAAUCAUUUUCAAUAUUUUCUGUCUUAUCUUACUUAAUGCAUUACAGUUGGAGUAUCCACUUCACAGGAGGAUUACCUCAAGUUUCUGUUUGAAUUUUCUGCUGAUUUCUCCGUCCUGCCCACAUUUGCUGUCAUACCUGCAUUUGAGACUUUGAAAUCAGGUCAAAUGAAAGGGGUGCCAGGCUUUAAAAUUGACCCUACCAAGGUUAGAUUCAAAGCUACUUUUGACUGCUUGUAACUGUUUGAUUUUUCAAGGACAGCAUUCUGGGCUUUAACUUUAAUUAGUACUAAAAUAUUUGUUUGGUGUGUAAGAAGGUUUUAAAAAAAGGGAUUUUCAUUAAAUUUUUUUAACUUAAACUCAAUAAUCAGUUUAUAGAGAUCUAAUAUCAAAGGCCCAUGGCUUAUGUAAAUGAAAACCUGUCAUUCUCAAUAUAAAUUUAAAUGUAGAAAUGCUUUUGCAUACUUAAUAUUUUUUAUUUUAUCAUUUAAUCAAUUUUUUUUAUUUUUUCGUUUUAAGUUGUAGACAAGUACAUAUUGAUAGAUAAUUAAUGAACUAUGGCCCUAACUUAAAUCGCCAGUUUUCAUAAAUGUAUUUUAUAUAAGGCAGCUAAUGAGACAUUAUAGUGCCUACAUUAUGAAAAUUGUUUUAAAAAUUUGAUGUCAUUUGAAAGAUGUGAAUUUCUCUAUUUUUACAUCUCAGAUAUUGCAUGGUGAGCAGUAUUUAGAACUGUACAAACCACUCCCUCGUUCAGGAACACUGACAUCAAAGGUUUGGAUUGCUGAUGUCAUGGACAAGAAAUCAGGAGCAGUAAUACUGUACAAUGGUAAAAAAAAAAGCACCUUGACUAAAAUAAUGUGCUAUAUUUCUUUAUGAUUUAGAUAUGAAUUUUUACUCUUUUCCAAACACACCCAGAAAGUAUUUCAUUUUGUGCAAAGCCUUAAGUUGAAAAUAUUUUUUUUUAAUUUGCUGAAAACUCUGUUGACAGAAGAAAUAUUGAUAUUUAUUUAUUAUAUAAAUUGAACCGUUCAAAGCUCAUAUACCCAGUUAUAUAUGUUUCGGGAUGACUGUUACACUCUGUUUAUUUUCAGUGUGUCUUACCUGACAAAUAUUUAUGAUAAUGUGUUGUUAAAAUAAAUAAUAAAAAUCUUUAUUGUUGAACAGUUGAAACUGUUGAUGAAAAAAAUGAAAAAGUGGCAUUCAACCAGUUUGCAACAUUUGUUGUGGGAGCUGGCAAAUUUGGUGGAAAUCAGACUUCUAAUGAGUCAAAGCCCCUUGUUGAUAUCCCUGGCCGUGCUCCUGAUGCGGUCAAGCAUGAAAAAACAUCUAUUGAUCAGGUAAACAUUUUAAAUCUCAUAAAUGGCUAGGGAUGCUUUCUGGAAAACCCAUUGGUAUAGAAGUAAUAUAUGUUAAAACCAGUGAUGCUUUUCUAAUUUAUGUUUUUUUUCUUUUCCUUUAUAUUGGUUACAUUCAUAAUGUUUGGAAAACCCCUUAAAAUGUGUAUAGAAAAUGGGUGCCUUUGACUCACUUUUUAAGAAUGGGCAGGCUGCCCAAAUUUAUAUGAAUUCCCAUACUGGCUGGCAACAUGCUCUUACCCAUCUCAUGGCUGAAAAUUCUGGGAUUGUAAUAUAGAGAAAAAAAUACUUUUUUUUAUUAUCGUUUUGAAAAGAAAAAAAAAACAUGACCAUGAUAUUUAAUACUUACGUUAGAAAUUAAGUAAUGGUUUAACAGCCCUACAUACAAACAUUAAAAAUGUUAAUUGUAAAAUUCAAUUGAUUACAGUUAUUUAUAUGAAGAAGUUCUUCAAAAAAAAUCUUUGACCUAGAUAUUCACUGGUAUUUCAUCAAUUUUUGUUGAAAGAUCGAUUGAAUAAUUUAUUAAUAAUUGUUUAAUUAUCUUACCAAUGGAUGUGCAUUUCCAGGCUGCCUUAUAUAGACUAAAUGGAGAUCCCAAUCCCCUUCAUAUUGACCCCAGCUUUGCUGCAAUGGGAGGUAAGAUCAAUAGUUUUGUCAUUUCUUAAUUCUACCCAACCAUAUGCCUUUUUCUUCUCUAAACGUCACAUUUCAUUUUGUUUGUUAUUGCAGGAUUUAAGACGCCAAUCCUGCAUGGCCUGUGUUCAUUUGGCUAUGCAGUACGUCAUGUUAUGGCCACAUAUGCUAACAAUGAUAUGAGCCGGUUUAAAGCUGUGAAGGUGAUUAGCUCUAAUAAUUGUCUUAAGGAAAAUAAUUUUCACAAAACUAUAUAGAUUGAAAUAUAAUAUGUGAAUUUUGCUUCAAACUCUGCAUUAGCAUGUCAAUAAAGAGUACAAAUAUCGUGAAAGUUAUAUUUCUUGUUUAUUUUAGGUGAGAUUUGCUAAGCCUGUCCUACCAGGGCAGACUCUCCUAACUGAGAUGUGGAAAGAAGGAAAUCGUAUCCAUUUCCAGACAAAAGUAAGACACACUUGACAAAACAACUUCUACUCUCAUCACUAAAAUUGCUAUUAAAGUGGUGCUUCUUUUAAAUUUUGUUUUGAACAGUUGCCAGAAGUUGAAUUAUUUGUAAAAUUUUGUAUUAUUAUCGAUGGAAUCUGAUAUAAAUUUAAAUUAUUUGUGAAACCGCCUCACAAACCAAUUUUUUUUUUUAAAGUUUUAUUUCCCUAGGUAAUUUUUGUAAAUAAAAUGUACUAGCAGUAUAAUUGUGAUAAAACUUACCAUUCAAUGUCAGCCAUAAUAAAGACUUGAGUAUCUGUUCUUAAGGUUGUGGAUAAUGGUAAUAUUUGCAUAACUGGCGCCUAUGUUGAUUUGACACCAGCUGCAGUUAGUGAAGUUGUUUCACAGCAGGUAGGCUAUCUAAGAGCAAUAAGCUUUCAUAUUCAAACAAAUACAAAUUUAUAUUGAAAUAAAAAUAUUUUCAGCAUCCUCAUUUCUAUAAUUGCCAGUAAGCUUUCAAAAUGCCAUGUUGCAUAUAAAAAACGUUUCUUGAUAACAAUUUACUUUCAGUAAAAAAUAAUAAUUAUGUCCCCAAAGCUAUUUAACCAAACUAAUUACUAUGAAAUUUUUAAAAACUUUAAAAAAUAACUGUUCUAAAUAUAAAUUAAACAACCCCUUAAAAACAGUGUUUUUCAUUUAAAUCCAUUAUUUGCAAUUUUUUAUUUUUUUUAUUUUAUAUUAAUAUUCAAAUGUUCCACCCACUUUUACACUGCAGAUUUAUUUCACUCACUAUUUCAGAAAAACAAAAGAAAAUAUUGCACACCAAACUUGCGAUAUUUUUACGAAUCUCAUUUAGCACAGUUAUCGGGAAUUUAAUUUAGAUAAGUCAGUGGCGUCAUAUUUCCCUUGAAAAACUGGAAAAACGAAUUUUUGGGGUAGAGGGGUGGGGCUGAAAAUUUUAAAGAAUGUGUUGUAAUCCAACAAGUCUAUGUGCUAAGGUGCAGCUCGAUAAUUUGGCUGGAAGUGGGUCAGGUAGCCUUGCAAAUAUAUUGCCGUACACCCAGAAACAAAGAAACACACGAUCAAAGUGAAGUUAAUAUAAAGGAUUUAAAAAUUCAAGGCCAAAGGGUGUUGAAAGUUCAAAACAUAACUCAAUUAAAAGGUGCUUUUGUUUUCAGACCGGCCCACUUAAAAGUACAGAAAUAUUCAAACUGAUGGCAGAACAGGUCAAGUCCAACCCUGGUCUUGCUGCUAAAAUCAAUGCAGUUUUCCAGUGGAACAUCACCAAAGAUGGUGCACAAGUUUCAACAUGGGGUUUGUUCAUUUUCUUGUGUGUUUAGGAGGCCAAUUCAAUAAACCAUUAAAAUAUAAGACUCUAAAACUGCUGUUGUAAAUUUUAUUGUUAAUCUUAAUUUGCACCUGUGGUUUGUUUGUUUGUUUUGCAGUUGUAGAUAUGAAAAACUCAAAAAAUGGUGAGGUUUACGAGGGGAAUCCUUCAUCUGGCAAGGCUGAUUGUACUCUGACCAUAACGGAUGAGAACUUUGUUGACCUGGUCUCGGGUAAACUUGAUGCUCAAAAGGUUAGUGAUGAGUAACGAGUGAGCUUAUUUAUCAUUGGAGAUUAUGGCUGGAUUGUUUUUUGUUGUUUUUUCUUCGCUGUCAUCGUUUGUCACAAUGUGACAAAGGUGUAGAUUUUGCACGACUAAAUCUACAAGGUCGGGGAUUAUUAAUUUUUUUAGGAUUAUAAGCUGGUUCUCUACACAGCAAAUCGCCUCUCUUCAUGCUGCUGGAUAACCCGGUUUAAGGAACAUCAUGUGGAUGACAGCUUGGCGCCAGUGGCGUUACAGUGGCUGGAUUGUAGUAUCAGAGUAAUAAGUUGGGGUAUGCUUGCUUUGUUGUCAAGAACAAAUAAAGGAAAGAACAUUUCUGGUGACCGCCUGCUUUUGAAAACCACUGAACAUGUUCAGGUGUGUCAUGUUAUUUUUCUUUCAUGCUGUGGUUGGUUUCAGCUGAGCCAUUGCCAAAGUGUGAAGCCAUAUUGCUGACUAUUUGGUCUUCAGUUUCCUUUUCAGUAGAGGUUUGGUUUUCUGAACCUGGAAGAGCCUUCACUUAUAUAUCUAACAAAUUGUAAUAACUGCGGUAGCCCAUAAUCAUCUUCUUUUUUUUUUGUAUGUCCCAAAUGUGAAGUAACGUUGAAGAGCUUUGUGAGCUAAAUCAAUAAAAUAUAUGACUGUCCCCCCAAUCAAAACGAAGAUGCUGUAAAUUAAUUUUGCAAGUCCCAACUUUUAGGAAUAACAUUGACAAAUGCUCUUCUGAUAAAAAAAAAUUCUAUAAAUAAUACUUAAACAUUGUAAGUUUCAGCUAAUGGUCACUAAAAGUUUUCAAGGUAUCACAUUGAUUUAAAGUAAAUUAAAGUAAUCGUUCUUUUACGCUCUCAAAAACAUGUGUGCAAGGGCCACUCCAUCUUUUAAUAUCUGACUCAUGGUAUUGUUUACAGGCUUUUCUAGGGGGGAAGCUGAAACUGACAGGAAACAUCAUGCUGGCGCAGAAGUUGGGAGACCUCUUUGCUAUGAAAGCUAAAAUAUAAACUCUUUGUGUUUACAUGUUUGACCUAAAGCCAUUUCUACAGUUUUCACGAAAAUUAUUUAUAAAAAUUUCAUAAAGUUAAGCAGGAUUUUAAAAGUUAUAUUUCUUUAAGUAUUGCAUGACAAUGCGUGUGUGUGUGUGUCACCAUUCAAUAUAGUUACAGUUUUGUAAUGUGGUAGCUGUAGUGUUGCCAGCAACUAACAUGAACUGAAUUCAAACUAUUGAUGGAAUGUUGAUGUGAUGAGGUAUGGUCGCUUCAGUAAUUUAAUCUUUACAGAACAAUUUUAAGAUUAAGAAGGUGUGAAUUUUUUUAUACUCAACAGCCACUUCAUUUCUUACAAUUUAGUUAAGAUUUUGAACAUCAGCUGGGACCAGAUUUGUUGUACUGCAAUGUUGAUAUUUGAAAGCCUUCUAUAGAAAAUAAUAUUUUCUCUUAAGACAUGUUAAAAUUCAAUACCAUGUACCAUUUGAGAAGUUUAUUUUUAAUUUUUUUUAUUUAUUACCUCAAUUUCAUUUGAAAAUACUGUGUUUCAUUUUAUAUGUUUUAUAAUUAACCAUUUGUUAAGCAUACCACUGAGAUUUCUCUGUCAAAGUCUCUUAUAUUUUAAAUUACAUUUUGUUGGUGCUGGCAUUUUUUAAAGAUUUAAUUUCCAAUAAAAUGAAGUUAAUUACUUUGUAUCUUGAGCUAAAUUAAUGGCAUUUUAAGGUUGAAUUUAAACAUGUUGAUGAAGAUGAAAUGCUUUUCUUAAUUUCAAUGAAUCUGAAAAGACUUACAAAAAAGUAUUUAUUAAAAGAUUUACCUUGAAACUGUGCUGUUGUUUUUUUUUUCCAUUUCCCUCUUCUUUAAGAGCUUUUCCCACUUUAUUUGGAGGUGUUUUGUUUUUUCCACAAAAUAAUUUUUUUCAAAUAUUAUUUAGAUGCUCCUCAUUUAGAUCUACAUGUUUUCCACAAAAAUUAAAACUUUUCUAGAUUAAACAUUUUUUUUAACAAUAACUAGUAGCCUACUUGUUUUGUUUUUUGCCAUAUGUAAAAUAUAUUCCCAGACUCGAUUAUUGUUUCCUAACUUUUCAUAAUUGCCUACCAAAAAAAACAGUUUUAAUAGCAUCUUCAGUUCGUUCUUAUUGGAAAAUUCAUCAGUACCUGUGGUUAGGAAAGAGGAAAAGAUAACAUCCUGCUUUUAAUACUUUUAUGGUCAAAUAGAAAUGUGUUAUUUUUAUUGAAUGACUUUUACUUUUUAGUCAAGUUUUAUUUUAUUUUUUUAAUAAUAAUAUGCCAUAAUGUUGAAGUGUGGUUUUUUGUUGUUUUUUUAAUAACUUUGUGUUGGUGGGGUGGGGGGGGGGUGUUUCAUUUUAACAGCAACACCUCUGCUUUGAUUGAAACAUAUUCAGAUGUAUAUUUUUUACUGUCAAUCUGAAUUAAAAUAUUCUGAU